CCAUCAUCCACCAUGGUCUGUAAGAAAUGUGAGAAGAAACUUUCCAAGGUCGCGGCUCCCGAUCCCUUCCAGUCGACAUCUGCCUCCAUCAAGGACGGCUCGCGCAAGAUUGGUGAGAACAAGCUCAUAGCACGGCCAGGCGGAUCGUCUGGCAUAGGUCGUCCAGGAGGACCGUCUCGUCCUUCAGGAGGGUCUCUAUCCAAGAAUAGGUUUCAGCCGUACGAUAAGAAGUGCAAGGACUGCAAACAACCGACAACGCAGAAUGGGGCGAAGUAUUGUCAUGGAUGCGCAUAUAAGAAGGGCGUGUGCUCUAUAUGCGGCAAGCAGAUCCUAGACACAUCUGGCUAUGUCAUGUCUGCCAAGUAGACCGCAAGCCACAGUCAUCCUCGCUUGCUCCAUCCGGAUAGCAUGCUGUCACGCACGAACGAAGCAACCAUUGCUCGGUAUUCUCCCAAGCUAUAUGUACGGCGCCUACAUGUGCAACUAAUGGGUUAGCCGCGGGAGGUCGGUGGGACUGUGGUCGUGGUGGUGUAUAGCAUUGUAUUCAUGGAUCUUCUCGCUUGCCGCAAUCCAGUUAUUCGACUAGC